AUGGUACCAAAAAGAAGCAGCAAAGAUCCCGAUUCACAACAGUCGGAGAAGCCUACCAAAUCAAAACCAGCUCUUGCACGAUUGGCCAAGGACGAUAUUACAGUAAUACUUUAUGUCAAAGAGCUAAAAGAUGCGAACUUGCCCGACUGGUAUCCUAAUAAUAUCAAAAUCGAGAAAACAGGAAUAUCACCCGAACCAAUGCUUCAAGAAAUAAUUACACCUGAGGAGCCUGUUAUCAUCAAAUCAGAUCCCAUCGAA